CCACUGCAGCUCUUAUAAGCUCGGAGUUCCUGCUCAUCCAGAUCGAUUUUUUUCGUAGCCUGGUCAUCCUGCUUGCAUCUGCUCUCACAGACACAGCAGCUUCUGUGUCUCUUCCCAAGGGCUUGUCCGACUCCAGCACUCUUUCCACGGGGAAUUGAGUAGCAACCUUCCUUUCAAGACCCGACUUUUCUCUCCACAUCCGCCAAGAUGGUUUACAACGCGACGGAAGAACUCACAUGGAUUAACCAUGGUGACAACGCCUGGCAGUUGACAGCUGCCUCUCUGGUCGGUCUCCAGAGUGUGCCUGGUCUGGUCGUCCUCUAUGCGGGUAUUAUGCGAAGCAAGUGGGCUAUCAACAGCGCAUUCAUGGCCUUCUAUGGAUUUGCUGCCACACUCAUCGUUUGGGUUCUCUGGGCCUACAAAGUGGGUUUCGGUGAAUACAUGUUGCCAUUCGCUGGUCGACCAGGUCCAGUCAUGACCAUUGAUAUGGAACUGCAACAAUCCUGUCUUCCUUCUACCGCUGCGGAUGGUGGUCUCUGCCAAGCUUUCCCGCUCUCCACCAUGGUAUACUUCCAGUUUGUCUUCGCAGCAAUCACAAUCGUCAUUAUGGCUGGCUCUUUCCUAGGAAGGAUGAACUUCACCGCAUGGAUGAUCUUCGUUCCUCUCUGGAUCACUUUCUCCUACUCCAUCGGAGCCUACAGUCUCUGGGGAGGUGGAUUCCUCUUCCAACGCGGGGUUAUCGAUUAUUCCGGUGGAUAUGUCAUUCAUCUUUCCUCCGGCACAGCAGGCUUUGUCGGCGCACAUUGGAUUGGUCCCCGUCUCGCAUCCGACCGAGCAGAGGCCCGUCCCAACAACAUUCUCUGUGUUCUGAUUGGUGCUGGUAUUCUCUGGAUCGGCUGGAACGGUUUCAAUGGAGGAGAUCCUUACACUGCUAGCGCAGAUGCUGGUGUCGCCGUUCUCAACACCAACGUGGCAACUGCCAUGUCUCUUCUUUGCUGGACCAUCUGCGACAUGAUCUAUUUCAAGAAGCCUUCCGUUCUCGGUGCCGUCCAAGGUAUGAUCACCGGUCUUGUUGCCAUCACCCCCGCUGCCGGUGUUGUCGCUGGAUGGGGAGCCGUCGCUAUUGGAUUCGCUUCUGGUACCAUCCCAUGGCUCUCAAUGAACAUCAUGGGCAAGAAGGUCGCAUAUUUCCAGAAGAUCGAUGAUGUCCUAGGUAUCUUCCACACCCAUUGCGUAGCUGGUUUCGUUGGAGGUUUCUGCGUCGGUCUCUUCGCGACCAUCGACGGUUGCGCUGCAUUCGGUAUCUCCAACUUGGGCGGAGCCAUCGAGGGCAACGGCAAGCAAGUCUACAUCCAGAUCUACGGCGCCUUGUUCGUCAUCGCAUGGAACAUCGUCUGGACCUCCCUCAUCAUGUGUUUCAUUAAGUACGUGCUCCGCAUCCCUCUCCGCAUGUCCGAGGAACAGAUGGAGGCCGGCGACGACAUGAUCCACGGCGAAGCAGCAUACGUUCUCGGACCCUGCGAAGCCCACGAGCACUUGCUCGCAGGUCACUACGUCAAGCGAUCAGAGACCGGACCCGGCGAGUUGGGAAUGGGCGGUGUUACAUUAGGCCACGAUCCUCACGCUAUGGUUGAGAAACACUCUCCUAGCAAUAGCAAUGAGUUGAAGGCCGAUUAAGAUCCUCAUUUCUGGGUAUAUAGAAAGAUGGGGAUACGAUACAUAAAUUUUUUCUCUCGUCGUCGGUGCAUUGG